AAUCAAUCGUCCAUCAUGUCCACCUCACUUGCCAUUCCAACUAUUGACAUCUCUGCUCUCCUUACUUAUUCCUCCUCUAAGCAACAGCGUCAGGAGGUUGCUACCGAGCUGCUCAACUCAUUCGCAACAUUUGGUGUUUUCUAUAUCACCUCAUCAACGCAUCCAGUUUUUUCCUCUAAAAAAAGUAAGCAAAUACUGGACGCCACAACUCGUCUCUUUGCUCUCGAUCCUACUCAAAAAUCUCAGAUUCCCAAGAUUCAGCCUGGUGGAUUUACCCGUGGAUAUGUUCCUGUAGGCGGUGAGUCGGGGUCAGCAACGAAGGAGCUGAAGGAGGGGUUUUCGUAUGGCUAUGAGUGGAAGCCAGACGAGCUCGAAGCAGUCGCAAAGACCGGAAUGAAUGGAUUGCAGGGUCCUAAUGCCUGGCCAAAUAAGCCGAUAUUAGAUCAGCUUGACCAAGGCUUACACGAAGGUACAUUCAAGCACAUUCUACAAGAGUUUUAUUUAAAUGUUUGUGAGGUUGCGAAGGGGUUAUUAAAGGGUAUAUCCUUGGCACUUGGAUUGCCUGAGGACGAGCUCGCCAAACAUUGUACAACGAGCGAGACGAUCUCUUUCAUGCGGCUAUUCCAUUAUCUACCCUAUGCUGACCAUCAACAUACUUCGCAGAUUGGAUCUAGCGCUCACACCGACUGGGGUUUCCUCACAUUGAUCCUUUCUCCAUGCAAGACUGUAGGUCUUCAGCUCUUCUACGGAAACGAGUGGCACGAUGUCCCUUCUCUUGAGAACACACUUGUCGUCAAUGGGGGCGAUUAUCUCUCUCUUUUAACUGGUGGAAAAUUGAUCAGCCCCUUACAUCGCGUAGUCAGUAAUGGGCAAGAGGAGAGAUACUCCAUGUGUUGCUUCUACUACCCAGACUACGAUGCUAAGAUCCCACUUCUGGUUCAGGAUCAAGAAGUUAAAGGUCAAGCUGUGUCAGGAAAUUAUAGUCUACUCCGAGAUCAACGUGCAGAGGAGGGCGAAGACUCAUCAAGGACUUCUGUAAUGGGGGCUGAGAGACAGGACGCAAAGUCUGUCGCAACCAAACUAUUGAAUGGUGAUAUUAACUUUGGAGACUACAUUGUCAGCAAGUGGACUCAAGUCUAUCGCAAAGAUCGUGCUUAUUAGCAUUUGUUUAUAUUUUUAUUUAGUGAUUAUCAGUCGCCUGAGUAAUAAACUACUUGUCUUUCUUGGAUUCCUCUUUCGCUUCGAUUUCUGUUGCUUCCUUCGGAGUCUCCUCCUCUCCCACUUGACCAAACUCAUUGGCACGACUGUGGUCUGUUCUGUAAAUCCAUCUCUGAUACAGGUACACAAAGAAUACCACAUCAUCUCUCAGACAUGCCAAUCGAUGCAUCAUUGGCAUCUUGAUGAUAAAUGAAAAUAAAUCAUCAAUAAAGGUGUUUAGCGAUUUAUACAUCAUGGUUCUGAAAGGCAUGUGGGCCACACUCUUGAGUUUGUAGUUGAUGAACA